ACGCGCACGUCGCGCGCGCGUGGUGGAGAACUUCCGUGAUAAUACAGUCAGUGAGCUCUGAAUCCGAGAGGCUCGGUUCGGUUUCUCGUCUCCAUUCGUAGCUUGUCUCCGUUUGAAGUGCAACAGCCAAACUCGCCGCCACAGAAUCUGCGAAGAGUUCACUUAAUCAGUUGAGUAUUGAACCGGUUAAGGCGAGAUUAGUGCAACGGAGGCGGCUCGUGCGUUAACCGGACGGAGGCGUCCGGGAAACUCACGGUCAGCGUCGAGGCAGACGUUCCUCUGGCUCCAGGCAGCAUGUCCGUAACACCCCUGAGCAUCAUGAGUCUACGAGAAGUCAUUGAGAAUGUGAAGCUGGCCCGAGAAUACGCCCUGCUGGGGAACUACAGCUCAGCCAGCGUUCUCUACCAAGGGCUGCUAGAACAGAUCAAGAAGUAUGUGUAUACUGUGCGGGACAGCAGCUUUCAGCACAGAUGGCAGCAGUUAUGGCAAGAAAUUAGUGAAGAGUGUCGACAAGUUCAGGAAAUAAUGUCGACUCUGGAGAACUUCCAGCUGGACACAACACCUGCUAAACCCUCCAACCACGAUGACUAUGAAAUAAGACAUGGGCACAUGGAGCCGAGACAUUCUCCCUGUCCGGUCAGGCGUCCUGCUCACGCUUAUAAAGACAGCAAACCUCACAUCAACCGCCUGAGCUCCGCGGGGAGGGCUCAGCAGAGGCACUUGCCUCGCGGGGCCGACGGGGAGAGAAGCAGACCUCCCAAAGGCAAAGAGAGGAGAGAGUCCAAAGAAACAAAGGAGGCCGGGAGCAGAGCGCGGGACGAUAAGAACAAAGGUGAGGGCCAGGAGAAGGAAGUAAAGAAGUUCGACGGCACCGGUUAUGACAAAGACCUCGUGGAAGCUCUGGAGAGAGAUAUAAUAUCCCAGAAUCCAAAUGUUAAAUGGGACGACAUCGCAGACUUGGAAGAUGCAAAAAAACUCCUGAAAGAAGCCGUGGUGCUGCCCAUGUGGAUGCCAGCGUUUUUCAAAGGCAUAAGACGACCGUGGAAGGGGGUGCUCAUGGUGGGACCCCCAGGCACAGGGAAGACACUUUUGGCCAAAGCAGUGGCUACUGAAUGCAGAACCACGUUCUUCAACGUUUCCUCCUCUACACUCACGUCCAAGUACAGAGGGGAGUCUGAAAAGCUGGUCCGCCUUCUGUUUGAGAUGGCUCGGUUCUACGCUCCCACCACGAUCUUCAUAGAUGAAAUCGACUCAAUGUGCAGUCGUAGAGGGACGUCAGAGGAGCAUGAAGCCAGCCGGAGAGUCAAGGCAGAGCUGCUGGUACAGAUGGAUGGUGUUGGUGGAGCAUCAGAAAAUGAUGACCCCUCAAAAAUGGUGAUGGUCCUGGCUGCCACCAAUUUCCCAUGGGACAUUGAUGAGGCUCUGAGAAGACGACUAGAGAAGAGAAUUUAUAUCCCUCUGCCUUCAACUAAGGGGCGAGUGGAGCUGCUAAGGAUCAACCUCAAGGAGCUGGAGCUGGCCUGUGAUGUGGACCUGGAUAAGAUUGCAGAGCAAAUGGAGGGUUACUCAGGAGCCGACAUCACCAACGUGUGCAGAGAUGCCUCUCUGAUGGCCAUGAGACGAAGGAUCGAGGGCCUCACACCAGAAGAGAUCCGCAACAUCUCACGGGAUGAAAUGCACAUGCCCACCACCAUGGAGGACUUCGAGUCAGCGCUGAAGAAAGUGUCUAAAUCUGUGUCUGCAGCCGACCUGGAAAAGUAUGAAAAGUGGAUCGAAGAGUUCGGUUCUUGCUGAAGCGAGCAGGGCAAGGACUGACAGGGAGCAGUUUGCAGCUUAACUGUACAGCAUCAGGCAGAUUUGUUCAAAAACACUACUCAGAACUGCUUCCUGUACAAGUUCACAGUUUAAUGUACUUAAAUUUGUGGACAUGUUUGUUUUCCACUUUUUAAUUUUUUAUUUAAAUAAAGUUAACAGCAUGUAUACAAAUGUA